UGGAUUUCAACUCGAUUAUGCCAUCUUGGCCUAUAGUACAUGCAUUGGUACUUGGUGUGAAGUUUCGGUUGAUCAACCACCAUGACCACCGAUCAACAGUUCUGCAUGCACGUUCGAAAGUAUAGUUGAAACUCAACAACAUUUCCAGUGAUACGAUUGGACUCCAUGAACUCUUGCCGUUGCUCAACCUAACGCGUGACAAUUCAUUUAAUCAAUACAAUCGUGGAAAUAAUUUAUUUUCCCAGUCACUACUUUCCAAUCACUUUUAACUGUCUUUUUGCCGUGAAGGCGAACUGAAUAUCGAAGUCCCUUGGAAUCAAAUGACGAUGACUUUCUUUCGCAUCACUGAGGUUCGUUUCCACAAGAGUCGGUUUCUUAGGAAACUCCGGCAUGACUGGUUGCAUAAUCACCUUUGGAAUCACUGGCCAACCAUCACUCUGAUCUAUUCAUUGGUCAUCUGUAUUCUUGUCACGAUAAGGACCAACAAGAGAAUGGUUCACGAAGAUAUACCUCUCCAUCUAGAAUAUCCUGUAGAUUGUGGCGAGAUCAUGAAAGGGGAUCCCGAAGAGUUGGAUCAUGUCCUGAAGCUUUAUGAACAAGUGUCCGACAUAUCGGUGAAUGGACUACUACCGAUCCCUUCGGACAGACGUGUACUGGCUUUUGCUACCAAUUGCCACUUCUUCAAACAACAGAGGAAAUAUCCGCAAAGGACUGCUUCGCACGAGGAAGAACAGUAUCCUUUAGCGUUUGUAAUAGUGAUUCACCGCAAUGCAGCGCAGGUGGAGAGGCUUCUGCGAGCGUUGUACCAGCCGCAGAAUGUGUAUGCCAUUCACCCAGAUGCCAAAUCACCUCCUGAUUUCAUAAAAGCUAUCCGGAAAUUAGCAUCUUGUUUUGACAAUGUUUUUGUCUGUUCCACCCUUGAGGACGUUCAGUAUGGAAGACACUCGCAUCUCAUGGCUUACAUCAACUGCAUGCGAGACUUAAUUAAGCAUCCAGUCCAGUGGAAGUACGUGAUCAAUCAAUGUGGAGAGGCUUUCCCUUUGAAGACCAACUUGGAGAUGGUUCAACAACUUAAGAGCUACAACGACCUCAAUGACGUUGAAUCGCACCCGACUUCUGGUAAGAAAUUAAAGAGAUUCCACAGAAACGGGCCGAACCGGAAGUUAGAGGUCGGCAUUACACUUCAGCACAACCCAUCACCUCCGGGUGACAUAGAACUGUUCUCUGGAAACGCGUACAACUCUCUUACGCGUGGCUUUGUUGAUUUUGUCCUCAGCGAGGAUUUACCACAGAAGUUCCUAAAAUGGCUUGGGGAUGUCAUGUAUCCGGAUAAAUACUACUGGGCAUCACUGAACCGAGUUCCUGGAACACCUGGAGGAUCCAAUGAAAACACCAUGGACCUCACAUCCUAUGUCAACACAAUGCAUGAUCACCGACACGUCAGUAACAAUAGGAAUAUCCACCAUCGAUACGUGUUCAACUCUGCAGAUCUUGCCCGAAUGUCUUCCAUGCCUCAUCUCUUCAUCGACAAACUCAGCUACUCCAAUGAUCCAAUAUCACUGCAGUGUCUUCAAGAUUUGCUCACGAUCAGAGCACAUAGUGAUCAUUCUUGGUUGCCUUGGUUGUAACGUAUAUGUUAAUCCAUGAAAGAAACGGUGAUUACUUUGUAACAAACGUGCUCUCUGGGCCGACAUUCAUUACCUUGUCAGCCUCUUGUCGGAUUAGGAAUAUGACUUGAAGAAGGUAUAUAAGGUCAUAACGCAACUCAUUCUAAACAUCAAUGACCUCACUAAAGGACCAAGUGACAGAGAACAGACUUGCUAGACGUUACCAAAUUCCUAUCGCCGACUCUUCCUUAAAGCUACCACAAUGGUAUACGCAGCUCUUCUCUUCAGGGAAUCAAAAGCUUCCUUAAUGGCCAAACUCGAUCAGCAAGUUAGGCCUACUUUGGAGCCGUGGGUCAGUGUAGACAUGAGACUGACAUCUGCAGUGGUCUACGGUAGUGCGCUUAGCCCGCUGCUUAUUCUUGUUCGACGAACUACCAGACAGAGUAAAAAAAAAGCAAAUGACCACUUUGAACCACAUGGGACACGAUUUGACAAAGGGACCAUCGAAAUUCAUUUACCAGACACUUCAGGCAAUACAGAAAAAAGUUUGGUUAAAAAAUAUUCCCCGAUUGUGCACGGGAACUCCCUUUUCCGACUCGAGUAUUUAUCCCUUUUCUCAGUUUUCUUUUAAAUAAUUAUUUGUCAUUCUGUUUUUGUCCUCUUUCCAAUGACUAGUAAUAAUUUCAUUAUCUGAUAUUCUGCCUAGUUUUUUGUCCUUUAUUUUCAUAUUCUAAAAUGUCAUUCAAAACUAUUUUCUCCAACUGAAAUCAAUGUCCGAAAUACUUCCAUCAAUACCUAUUUUGACCAAAUAUUUUAAUGGAAAAUUCUAAAAUCGAAUAGAAAUGAGGUCAUAAAACGUUUAGCUCCGCUUCAUUUAUUAUUUGGUUCAUUGAUUGAUUGAUUUAUUCAUUGAUUUGUCCCUUCACUUUAUAUGGCAUGUUAAUGACAGCUCAUAAUUGUUUUCUUUCACCAUUCCUGCCAUUCUGAGGGAAUGGACCGAUGUAGAUGUACCUCAUUGCAUCGAAACAUGACAUGAAUUGAUAUGUCUAACCUUAAAAAUAAUCUGGUAACAUAAAUUAUUAAAUGAAUAUCUUAAUUUACAUGAACAAUAAAAUAUAAUGUUAUUCUUUCUACCAUCUUGUUUAAUGCACAACGGCUACGUGUCAAACAAAGAAUCAAAAUAAAACAAAAUAUUUACAGUUAA